CGGGCUGGACCGCGGAUGGUACGUUCCGCACGUGAGCUGGGUGCUGGUCUGGCCGGCGACGCGCGUGCCCUGUGGCCAAACACUGCCCGGAGUGAGACCAAACUACCAGCGCAGUGGGGCCGGCGCGAGUGUGCGUGCGUGUGUGUGCGUGUGUGCGAGAGAGCGAGCGCGGUGGGAGGGGGGGGGGAACCAACUGCUUCACACUUUCAACACUGCACUGAAGAAGGGGAGAGAGAGAGAGAGACUGGAGACGCACAGAUCCCCCCAAGAUCUCCCAAAGCUAUCGUCCCACAGAUUAUAAAACAGAACCCCAAAAAUCGAAACAGAGGAAACGGACAGCGGUUGAACAUGGACGAAGGAAUUCCUCAUUUGCAAGAGAGACAGUUACUGGAACAUAGAGAUUUUAUAGGACUGGACUAUUCCUCUUUGUAUAUGUGUAAGCCCAAAAGGAGCAUGAAGCGAGACGAUAGCAAGGAUACCUACAAAUUACCGCACAGAUUAAUAGAAAAGAAAAGAAGAGAUCGAAUUAAUGAAUGCAUUGCUCAGCUGAAAGAUUUACUGCCUGAACAUCUGAAGUUGACAACUCUGGGGCAUCUGGAGAAAGCGGUAGUAUUGGAAUUAACUUUGAAACACUUAAAAGCUUUAACAGCCUUAACCGAGCAGCAGCAUCAGAAGAUAAUUGCUUUACAGAAUGGGGAGCGAUCUCUGAAAUCGCCCAUUCAGUCCGACUUGGAUGCGUUCCACUCCGGAUUUCAAACAUGCGCCAAAGAAGUCUUGCAAUACCUCUCCCGGUUUGAGAGCUGGACGCCCAGGGAGCAGCGGUGUGUCCAGCUGAUCAACCACUUGCACGCCGUGGCCACCCAGUUCUUGCCCACCCCUCAGCUGUUGACUCAACAGGUUCCUCUGAGCAAAGGCACUGGCGCGCCCUCGGCCGCCGCCCCCGCAGGGUCUGCGGCCGCCCCCUGCCUGGAGCGCGCCGGGCAGAAGCUUGAGCCCCUCGCCCACUGCGUCCCGGUCAUCCAGCGGACUCAGCCCAGCGCCGAGCUCGCCGCCGAGAACGACACGGACACCGACAGCGGCUACGGCGGCGAGGCCGAGGCUCGGCCGGACCGCGAGAAGGGCAAAGGCGCCGGGGCGAGCCGCGUCACUAUCAAGCAGGAGCCCCCCGGGGAGGCGCUGGUGGCUUUCGGCGGAGGCGGGGGCGCGCCCUUCGCGCAGCCCGCGGCCGCCGCGGCCGCCGCGGCCCCCUUCUGCCUGCCCUUCUACUUCCUCUCGCCUUCGGCGGCCGCCGCCUACGUGCAGCCCUUCCUGGACAAGAGCGGCCUGGAGAAGUACCUGUAUCCGGCGGCGGCCGCCGCCCCGUUCCCACUACUGUACCCCGGCAUCCCCGCGCCGGCAGCCGCCGCCGCCGCCGCCGCCGCAGCCGCCGCCGCCGCCGCCUUCCCCUGCCUGUCCUCGGUGUUGUCGCCCCCUCCCGAGAAGGCCGGCGCCGCCGCCGCGACCCUCCUGCCGCACGAGGUGGCGCCCCCUGGGGCGCUGCACCCCCCGCACCCGCACGGCCGCACCCACCUGUCCUUCGCUGGCGCCCGUGAGCCCGGGAACCCGGAGAGCUCUGCUCAGGAAGAUCCCUCGCAGCCAGGAAAGGAGACCCCCUGAAUCCUCGCCCUCUUUCUUAGGCAGGACGAGGGUUCACGCGGAAUAAUAAUAUUAAUAAGUUAAAACACCCUUAACGUUUUUAAGGGAGGAAGUGUAAUAGAUGCACGACAGGCUUUUAAAACAACAACAACAACACAGGUGUUUUGUGUACAUUUGGAGUUCCUGUUUUGCUCAUCCCUCACCACCCCACCCUCCGCACACUAACAUCCUUUUCUUCCCCCACCGGCUCUAAAAGAUCCUCUGCGGUAUUGAUACUUUAUUCUUUAAAGAAUUUCCCCCCAAAUAAGUUUUGCCUUCCUUUAGGCCAUGUUCCAUUGUUUUUUAAAAAUACAGAACCUAAUUCUGGAGGAAGUGAGAAGGGUCUGCUGUGUGGGUGAGCUAAUUGAACCAGGGGAGGAGCAAGGUGGCCCAGGAGUUGACCUGAAAGGCAGGUAGGCAGUUGUUAUCUGCCUGCCUCAUUUGUGUCCUGCCUGCUUCAGGAGGCUUUCCACAAACAGUGAGGACCUUUUAGAACUGAAUUUACUCUUCAGUAUUUUAUAAUGUUCAGCUUUUUAAAAGGUAUAUAUUUUUCAAAGAGGAAGAAGUGAGGAUGCAGUCACUUGCGUUGCAACCUAUUCUGAAGUGGUUUGAAUGGUAUCCCCUAGUAACUUGCUCUUGUUUAAAGAGACACGGAGUUGGGCCAUUGUCAGAACUAAGUCAGGGAAGGAGAUGGAUGAGGAAGGCCGGAAUCAUUCUUGGUACAUUUACUAGCACUUUAUUGAGAAAUUGACCGUGAAUCAGUUGACUUGUCUUAAUUUCAUAUAUAUAUCUAUAUAUCUAUAUAUAUAUAUAUAUAUAGAUAUAUAUAUAUAGAUAUAUAUAUCUAUACAUCUGUAUCUAUCUAUCUAUAGAUAUAUACAAACACAUAUGUGUAUAUAUAUAGAUAUAUAUAGAUAUAUAUAUUGCAUCUAUUCCCACCUUGUCAUUAUUUAAUCCAUCAGGUUCCUAAGUUUUUAUAAUAUUGCUGUAAAAAAAAAAAAGGAAUGUGCACUGAACUUAAAAACAAAAAAGAAAACAAGUCCAAGAUGAUUUAUCCUAUAUUCUUUCUGUUAAAUAACAAAAGUGGAGAAAAGCAUUAAACUGGUCAGUUUUGAGUGAAAAUGCUGUAAAGAUGUGGAAUGAAGCCCUGUGUGGCCUUCCUAUCUCCAAGUCUAUGUAUUUUCUGGAGACCAAACCAGAUACCAGAUAAUCACAAAGAAAAGCUUUUUUUAAUAAGGCUUAAACCAAGACCUUGUCUAGAUAUUUUUAGUUUGUUGCCAAGGUAGCACUGUGAGAAAUCUCACUUGAAUGUUAUGUAAGGGGUGAGACACAACAGUCUGACUAUAAGUGAAGAAAAUAUCUGGGUCUUUUAGUCAGUUUGGUGCAUUUGCUGCUGCUGUUGCUACUGUUUGCCUCAAACGCUGUGUUUAAACAACGUUAAACUCUUAGCCUACAAGGUGGCUCUUAUGUACAUAGUUGUUAAUACAUCCAAUUAAUGAUGUCUGACAUGCUAUUUUUGUAGGGAGAAACUAUGUGCUAAUGAUAUUUUGAGUUAAAUAUCUUUUGGGGAGGAUUUGCUGAAAAGUUGCACUUUUGUUACAAUGCUUAUGCUUGGUACAAGCUUAUGCUGUCUUAAAUUAUUAAAAAAAAAAUAAAUACUGUCUGCAAGAAACCAGCUGGUUUAGAAAGUUUUAGUAUGUGAAGAUAAACUAGAAAUUAUCUUUAUAUUCUAGUAUUUUCAGCACUCCAUAAAUUCUAUUACCUAAAUAUUGCCACACUAUUUUGUGAUUUUAAAAUUCUUACUAAGGAAUAAAAACUUUAAUAUACGA